AUGAGGUCUGCAUUUGUUGAUAUAAGCACCACUCGUGGCUUUAGAGGGUUGUAUGCUGGAUUGUCACCUACACUGGUUGAGAUUGUUCCUUAUGCUGGCAUGCAGUUUGGAACCUAUGAUACAUUCAAGCGGUGGGCCAUGGCUUGGAACCGGUUUAGGUCAUCUAAUGCAAACCAAGCUUACAAUAACCUUUCAAGUUUUCAGGUUUUGAUUUGUGGGUUAGCUGCUGGCAUAUGUGCUAAAGCUGUCUGUCAUCCACUUGAUGUGGUCAAGAAGAGGUUCCAGGUAGAUAUCCAACCUUCUUGA